CUCCGAUGUGCGGCAACGCCAUUUCCGUCCAAAUCUAGCUGCAGGUAGCGAUGGAGGCAGCGCGGUCGGCAACGGGACGUCUGCUGCUGCGCGAGCUCAACCCCUACAUCUUGUGCACGCUCUGCGGCGGCUACUUCAUUGACGCCACCACCAUCGUCGAGUGCCUGCACUCCUUUUGUCGGAGUUGCAUCGUACGUCACCUUGAGAAGAGCAAGUUCUGCCCUAUCUGCGAUGUCCAGGUGCACAAGGCGAAGCCACUGCAAAGCCUCCGGAGCGACCGGACGCUGCAGACGCUGGUGUACAAGCUGGUGCCCGGGCUGUACCAGGCCGAGGUGCGGCGCCGGCGGGAGUUCGAGGCGGGCCACGGGGUGCCGCCGCGGCCGCAGUCGCCUUCCUACUUCCUCUCCGCCGACGACUCCGUGCUGCUCGAGCUGGGAUACCACCAAAGUGACUUUCCGACGGACGAUGAAGCGCCCAACGGUGGAGAGAUGCAGCAUUCAAAGGAGGAGGCGGCGGGUGUGCAUCCGUGGUACCUGCGCUGCCCUGCAGCCGUCAGCAUCCGCCAGCUGAAGCACCUGGUGCGCUCCAAGUUCGGCGUCACGGACGAGCACCGAGUAGACGUCAUCUACAGGGGCGAGUGUCUGCCAGACACGUUCACGCUCAUGGACAUCGCGUACACCUUCUCCUGCCAACGGUCGUCGCGGAUGCAGGUGACGUACCGCAUAUACAGGCGGCAGCCUCCCGAGUCCGCGGCGGUGUCCUCGUCCGCUGCCGCCUCGGAGGCAGAACUGGAGGAAGAGGAGAAGGCCGAGUGUGACGCCGCCAAGGAAGCGGCCGGCGGCGCCGCCGCGGCGGAGGGCCAGGCGGGGGCGGCCACUGCCAGCCCCACCCCCACCCCCGCCACCGCCGCUGACGGCGAGGGGGAGCAGCCGCCCCCUGGGGACGCGGACGCGGCCGCUGCGGCGGAGGCGGGGGUGGAGACGGCACUGCAAGCGCCGCCGUCUUCGGGGACGGAGGAGGCGGGGGCCGAAGCGGCCGCGUCCGUCCAGCCGGAGCCCUCGCGAGAAACGUCCGUCUGUCCAGAAGAGCCGGCGCCCCAGCCGGAUGAUAAGGUGGACCCACAGCCGGCGGAAACGCCUGCAGCAGACCCUGGAGCGCGUGUCGAAAACUUGCCGCCUGCUUCACUGACUGACGUGCAGACGGCCGUCCCGGAAGCUGCGCCCUGCGUCGAGAAGGCGCUGGGGCCGCAGCAGCAGCCGGAAAAGGCGGCGUCAGCGGAAGACGUGCCGGCGCAGGGCCAGCAGCCGCAACCCGCGACGCCGGCGACAGAGACGACGCAAGAGAAGAGCGACGAGGCGAAGGACUGCGCGGCGGUAGCGCCGCUGACUGACUGCGUUGCGAGCGCAAACCACAAGACUGAAGAAGGGGAAGCCGAGCGCAAGCCGCUUGCGCCCAACCCCAUCGUCCUGCCUGUCACCUCGUUCGACCUAGAAUCUAUAGCGGACGACUUCAACGAAGAGGAGGACGAGGACGAGUUUACCUUGCGAAUAUCGUCUUCUGAAGGUGAGGACGAGGAAGUGGUUCCCGAGCCUCUGCCCGAGAAACCCAAAGAGCCGGAACCCGUUCCGGAGAAGCCCGCGGAGGAGGAGGAGCAGCCCGUGUUGCCGAGAGAGAAGAGGGGCAAGGGUCUCGGCAAGUCGAAGGCGAAAACGAGAGAGGAACACGGCGGUGGGCGCAAGAGGAGUAAGCACAAGUCUAAACACCACGCGCGCGGCGAAGAAGGUGCUAAGAAGAGGAGGGUACACAAGAGCGAAAUCACGUCGACGCCGACGAUUUUGCAGUACGAUAAGGACGCCAUGAAGCUGAAAGUGAAGCUGAAUUCCCCCACGAGUCCGGUGAUAUCUAACCUUCCGUCUUCCUCGAAUUCGGGGCACCACAAGCACCACCCUCACCACCACUCCAAACACCACCACCAUAACAAACACCAGGAGCAGCAGGACCAGAACGGAGCGGGAGUGGGAAGUAGUGGCGACGCGGCUAACGCCGACGGAGAUUGGACGGUCGCUCUCAAGGAGCGCGUUCCACAGGUCAGGUCGCACAGGACGAACAAGAGUCUGUGCUACACUCCCAAGUCUCCCGACACACCCGAGGGAGGAAACGGGGCGAAGAAGACGAACGUGAUGCUUCCGCCGUCCUCCAUCACCGUAAGCAAGGUGACUGCCGGCGAGAAGCGCAAGCUCGACCACAAGACGAACAGUGCGUCGGAAAGUAAGAGGCCCGCCCUCGAGAUUAUGCUUGUCAACGCGCCCGGCCCCGGACAGUCGGGCAGCGGAGGACAGAACAAGACUGCUGCCAAGUCGUCUACUUCGUCCAAGCAAACUCCGUCCACUACGAGCGAGUCGGAGUUCGGUAAAAAGGCGGGUGGGGGUGAGGGUCCGAGUGCGAAAACGUCGAGACCUCUGCCGGCGACGAUACCGCUCGUCAGGAUUAAGAAGCCCUCGGCGACGGGCGUGCGGCCCCUGACGGGUCUGACGAUCACUCCGAAGCCGCCGUCGAACGCCGCGAACAAGAGCGCGCCGCCGGCGAGGACUGCGGUGGCGCCCGAGGCGGACAGCAGCAAGCCGGACGACGAGCACGCGAUCCGGCACGACGACAUCGGCGCGCUCGACCUGUCGGGCAAGUCGUCUCGGGCGCGGGACGGCGCGUCGCCCACGUCGCCCGGCACGGACCUCAGCUCGCCGCCCUCCACCAAGAGCCCCACGGCGCCCGCGCAGCAGAGCAUCCUGUCCAUCGCGCAGACGCUCGUCCACCGCCAGCUGUCCAGCCUGCACCCGGGGCUCGUUAUGGCCGGCAACGCCAACCUCAUCUCUUCGACGGUACCCGGUCGCAACGGGAGCAACUCUCCCAACGCGCCCUCGGACGGUGCGCUCUCCUCCGCGCUGCUGGGGACGCUGGCGGGGCCCGGCGGAGGUGGCGGCGGCGCGCCGUCCGGAUCGACGCCGACGUCCAAUAUGAGCAACCUCAAGACGCUGUCCGAGGCGGCGGUGCACAUCCGCAACAUGAUGUCGUCACAAGGAAAGGGCGCCGCGGCGGCGGCGACGUCACAGGCCAAAGGUCCGGCCAAGUCCGGAGCGUUCUCGCGGCCGUCCCCGACCGGUCAGUACGCGUCCGGCGCCGGCUCCGGCGCGCCCUCCGCCUACUCGCUGGCCGCGGCGGGAGGCCCCGGCUCGCCGAUCCGCAUCCCCGUUCCGCCGUCGAAGCCGGCGGGCGCCCCACAGCUCCACGACGUGUUCUCGUGCCGCGGUCGCGGCGCGGCGGGGGCGGGGCCGCCCGGGGGCGGCUACGCCAGCCGCAAACCCGGCCCGAACCAGACGGUGCGCCACAUCCCCAACCCGUCGGCGCUGAUGUUCCGCCAGCAGCCGCAGCACCGCAUGCAGGCCAAGGCGCCGCCCAUCUACCAGGGCUACGCCACGUCCAAGGCGUCUGCCGCGCAGGCCGCCGCAGCUGCCGCCACCGCCCAGUCGUCCGUCUCCAACAUCCGCAAGAUGGAGAACAUGACGCGCAACAUCGAGAAGGUGGCCGCCGGGCUCACCAUCCGCGCCGUCGAGGCCAACGUCAGCAAGUGAGCUGCUUCCCUACUACUGCCACUCUGAUGCAGUGUGGACCGUAUACUGAAACUCGUGUGUUGUGUCGUUUUCCACGUUUAAGACGAGCAAACAGUCCGAAUUGUGCUCGGAAGAAACGAAUACGCUGUUAGUAUACUGUAAACUGUGAACAGUUACGCAACGUGCGCGUACUAAAUUUGAACGUGCGUAGAACCGACAUAAACCGUGAAUAUUUAAGUGUCGAAUGCUCGCGAGGGAAAACUAAACUAGUAUAAUCGUUCGUCUAUCGCGAAAGAAACACGUGACAUUGCUGCGAAAUGAACAUUAUUGUCUCGACACCACGUCGGAAGUGACAACGAGACGUUAACGAAUUUCUCGUCGAAGCGGUUAAUUUUUCCUCUUCCUUUGUGCUAUGUUAACUCCCCAGUUAGGGAAACCCUACGUGUCAGUUUCGUCCUCUAUUAAAUGUUCCUUAUUGGAAGAAAUGCGUGCGUGUAACUUGCGUCAUUAUACCUACUCGGCAGCUUCGUUCCCAACACAGGCCCAAAUUUUGAGACAGUCUCGUACCUUAAAUAUGUAUCUUAGAAAAAUUCUUAGGCAGUAUCGAGUGUGACGCAAAAGUGCCU